AUGGGCAAUUUUGGGGCCACUGUUGCCUCCUUGCUCGACACUUAUACAGACUGCCUGUCUCUCCUCAAGCGUUUCCGCAGCAAUCGCCAUGAGGCAGCUGGCAGCGAGACCCGCUCCGAGCUGAGCAGCUCGCUUCGUUCUGACCGAGCCCGAAUUCGCCGAGCAUACUCCUCGCGCCUCUCGCAGAAUGGUGCUCGGUUCGAAAAGGGCGAUGCUCCUGCACGAUCUGCUCUGAGACGCAUCAUAAAGAAGCUCACCACCGCCCUGGCCAAUGUCGUCCACGCCCUGGGAGGACAUGAGCAUCAGCCGGUCGACUACGAAUCCCUCAUGGCAUUGUCAAAUGGUUCGAGCCUGGAUGCCAUUCGUGCCAUGAACGACCUGUCGAGCAGAGUCGGCUCAACGGUAAGCUCCAGAUCCCGGGGCAGCGCGGUUAGUAGGGGGAGGCAAAAGUCUCGCCGAAAUGACCAGCAGAGAGAAAUCAGAUCUCAGAAAGGCUCAGGAGGGCGGGACAAGCGAGACAAGACAAGGAGCAGGAAAUCCGCAACCGCAACCACAAGCCGGCGGGGAAUGCGGUCCGCAGAUCGGCAUCGCCAACAAACUCCCGGAGCCGAACGUACCCCGGAGGCCCCCGGAGACCGGAACCGCAUCUCUAUCGUAACCAGGUCGUCGGUUUCCACCAAGCUGGGAGAAGUCAGACGGCGCGGGUCAAGGCAGGGGCACGGCGAUCAAGACGUGUGGAGGACGGCAUAUCUGCCUCGUUCACCCAAUGCUGAAGAGGUGCAAGGCCGCAAGAAGUGGUGGAACCCGUUUAGAGGCUCAUUUUAA